AUGACUCUGAUUGAUUUGGCGCCGUUGUUGCUAGCCCUCCCGACGUUGUUUGUGUCAUUGACACUUACGGUGACUACAUCCGAACUCGAUGUAACGUCAUACCUAAUAUUGAACUUGCUCCAAGCUAUACUGUUUUCCUCCAUGGUGAUGGUCAUAGUGAAAGUUAUCUUGAGGAUGAUUUUUGGACAUACCAGGGAAGACCACACUGAUGCGAAGGGAGACGUUUUGGGGAACAUGUUGUACCUGUGGUCUCCGUUGGUUCUGUUGUUUUUGGCUAAUUCAUAUCUAGGACCAAUACGCGUGGUUUCCUUGUUGGUGGUGUCUCAAAUUCUCAACAAAAAGGUGAAGAAGUCGUUCCAUAGAUCGUUUGAGAUGGAGAAUAACUACAAAGUGUCGGACAAAAGCCAUGCCAUAUUAUUCUACGAGAAGUAUCAGCUUCAAUUCGUUUUUCUAGCUUCGGUAACAUUCGAUCUAUUGCAAGAUUACUAUGCCGGAAAUAGCAUGACAGAGACUAUAAUUGGAUAUUUCUCCUUAGCGGUCCCAUGUUUUUUCUCUAAGGAUUCAUAUGAACCAGAUGAAGUCAGGCCAACUACCACAGGUCCUUCGAACAUAUCAUUGUCCAGUAGAAUGCAUAUUUUCAUUAUUGGAUUGAGUUUCAUCAUGAUCACAUAUAAGUAUGUGGAUGUCUACAAUUUCAAGAUGCUAUUGAUUUCAAUUGGUUCGCUGUUUAUUUUGAUUUGUAGCCAGUUUGAGAACGAGAAGAUCGAUUCCUUGAAAGUUUCAAGCUUAUUAAAUGACAUCAUCAAUACCGACCUGAUCCUACAGUGCUACAAAGUGAACUAUUGCAUUUUAAAUUUGUUUAUCCUAGUUAUCACUUUUCUAAAUGAAAGUGUUGCCCCGGAUUUCGUCUUUGCGGUUCAAUUCACCGAUUUUUUUAGAAACCAUGCUCUUUCGCUUGUCUUUAGCAUCUUAUCAAUCUUCCUCAUCAGGAUCAAAGAUCUUCAAAUAAAGAAAAGGCCAGCUUUUUUGAAUGAUAACGGUACUUUUGCUGACGAAACAAACGUCACCUUCUUCUCCUUGUUCAUGCAGUUGGUGAAUUCUGAAGAAUCUAAAUCGAUCUUCAACUUUUUGUUGCUAAACAUUGCCUUCAUGUUUAUCCAAUUGUUGUAUUCUUUUAGAUCCAGAUCUUUGAGUUUGUUGAGCGACUCUCUUCAUAUGCUCCUUGAUUGCAUGUCGUUGUUCUUAGGCUUAAUGGCGUCUGUAAUCAGCAAACACAACGCCAAGCACCCUACCGAUAAGUAUCCUUUUGGUUUAGCCAGAAUAGGCACGUUAUCAGGCUUUACAAAUGGAUCAUUGCUUCUCGGUAUUGUUUUUGGUAUUUUUAACGAGUCCAUUCAACGGUUUUUCAAUCCGGUCACUUUAGAAAACACUACCGAACUCUUGAUUGUCAGUACGUUAGGAUUCUUGGUUAAUUUAGUAGGUAUCUUUGCAUUUAACCAUGGCCAUGAUCAUUCUCACGGACACAGCCACUCUCACGGACACAGCCACUCUCACGGACAUAGCCACAUUGAGGAUCACACUUGCAACCAUAAUCAUGAAAACAAAGAAAAACACUCGCAUGACACCAAGAACUCAUCUGCGCAUGCCGACAGUAACGAUUCCGAUCAUCAUAAACACGAACAUUCUCACAGUGAAAAUCACAGUGGACACUCUCAUAAGCACGAAAAGGACGAACACUCACAUGAUGACGAUAAGGAAAUACAUAAGGUUACUUUUAAUCUUGAGCAUCUGAAGGAAUCCGAUGUAGAGGUUUCCAGCUGUCAACAUCAACAUACAGAUACCCAUAUACACGACGAUGACAAUAUGCAUGGUAUUUUUCUUCAUAUUAUGGCCGAUACUCUGGGUUCGGUUGGUGUUAUUAUUUCCACCAUAAUAAUCAAACUUACAGGGUGGAAUUUUGUAGAUCCACUCACUUCGAUUUUGAUUGCUACCUUGAUUUUUGUUUCUGCUAUCCCAUUGAUUAAGUCAUCAUCAUCCAGUUUGUUACUUUCGUUGAACAGUGAUACUGAAACCGAACUGAAGAGUCUCCUUGAAGGUGUCCUAAAUGUUCCGGGAGUAAAGUCAUAUACAACACCACGAUUCUGGCCCCAGGACGGCCCUAACUCCUCAUUGAUUGGAUAUCUACAUGUUCAAUACUAUCGGACUGAGAACGAACUUCAAAUAAAGACCAAAAUCGAUCGCAUGUUCCAAAAGAGCAGCAUAAUCAACACGUUUUAUUUACAACUGGAGAAUGAAAUAGACGAAUGUUGGUGUCGAAAAGAAGGUGUCUUUAGUACCUUUUAA